AUGCAACAACAACAACGUCUGGCUCAUAUUCUUGAAAUCGUACAAGAUUUAAUAGCUUUAUCCGUAUUACGUGCAGCAGAAUCGAUAACAUUUAUUCUUGAUUUAGAACUUUCAGUUCAUUAUAUAUUAAUUAAUAAAGAUUAUUUUGAUAAAAUUGAAAAACAAUUAUCAAAUUCUAAUUCUCAAGUUUCAUCUAUACCUUCUGUUAUUCAAUUAACUCAGUCAUCAUCAACAGUAACAACUACUUCUAAACCACAAUUUCGAUCAUUAGAUUUCAAACGAUCUACAUUUCAAUCAUUAAGUUCUAUGCUUAAAAUUAAUUCAAAUAUUGAAUUAUGUUGUUGUCUUUUACAACGAAUAACAAAAAGUCAUACAAUAUGA